AAAUUUUGAUUUUUAAUUAAAGUUGGUGUCUGCAACACUAAUUUUAUCAAAACUUCGGAGAUUGCCGUUUCAGCGACGUUUGACGGAAGAAAUGUAAUAUCGUCAUUGUGACAAUCCAACAUGGACGAUUUUAUUUGUGCAAUAAAAACUUUAUGCGACGACAAAAAUCAUCAGCAAUUAUCUGAACUUUUCAGGAAAAACGGUGAAGCAUUUCUACAGAAUGCAACUCAUAUUGAUCAAGUUGUUGGGGCUUUGGACUUAGAGCAUCACUCGUUUGCAUGCCUUACUUUGCUGGCAAUGAAAGUCAGUUUCUCCAAUUGUGGGGAUUUUGAGUUGUUAUUUGUGCAGAUCCAGCAAUGCAUAAGCAUGUCUCAAGCUGAAGUGAUCCAAUUGCUUAAAAAUCCAUUAUGUGAACUUUGCCAUUACUUAACAUCACAACUGGUCAAUAAAAAGCAGCCAUUGAAAGGAGUACAAAUCCUUAUAACCGCAAUCGUGAAGCUACAAAAAUCCAAGUCACAAUUAACGCCAAUUCAUGCCGAUCUGAUGCAGCUUUGCUUGCUUGCUAAAUGUUUCAAACCAGCUCUUCCUUUUCUGAAUGAAAACAUUGUGGAAAUAAUGAGAGAGGACUGUGUUGAUGAAUCAAGGCAAUUUUUACUUUAUUUCUACUAUGGAGGGAUGAUAUUUACAGCAUUGAAGAAGUUUGACAGAGCCUUGUUUUUUUAUGAAAUUGCUAUCACUACUCCCGCAAGUGACAUCAGUUACAUAAUGCUCAAUGCUUAUAAGAAAUUUAUUCUUGUUUCCCUUAUUGAACAUGCAAAGAUAAUAUCCUUGCCUAAAUACGCACCACAAGUUGUUGCAAAAUAUCUCACGCCAUCAAGCUCAUGUUAUCAUGAACUGGCAAAUGCAUUUUGCUCAAGCAACCCAUCAGGCAUGAACAAUAUUGUAACCAAAUACAGUGAUGAGUUUACUGCGGACACCAAUAUGGGUUUGGUCAAGCAGGUCAUAAAGGCAAUGUAUAAAGUUACAAUUAAAAGACUUACAAAGACGUUUUUGACUCUAUCUCUGCAAGACAUGGCUGCUCGUGUUGGUCUUAAUAACGUGGACGAAGCAGAAAAUUAUGUGUUGAGAAUGAUCGAAGAAGGCGAAAUUUACGCAUCAAUCAAUCAGAAAGAUGGCAUGGUGUCGUUUUACAAUAGUCCAGAGAAAUACAAUGAUCCUAGGAUGUUGAAACAAUUGGACGACCAGAUUAGAGAAUACCAAGAUGUCGACAAUAAACUUUCUGCUAUGGACAAAAGACUCGCACUAAAUCCUAAAUAUAUAAAGAAAACAAGCGCAAUAAGCGGAAGUUUUGAAGACGAAGGUCUAGGAAAGAUGAAAGAUGAUGCAUUUUUAUAAUAGGAUUGUAUACCAUGAAAAUGAAAUGUAACCAAUCAGAUUAAAGAGUUAUGGUUUUGUUUGGAAUGCAAAGGGUGUGUGUUCUAACAGUGAAUAUGUCAACAUUGGCUGUUUUGGAUCGUCGGGCAGAUGAUCAGCGUACCUUCAUGGUCAAAGAACAAAACUUGAACAUAUUUGUGUGAAACAAAAAACUGUGAAAUAUGAAGAUAAUCAUAUUUAAGUAAACUUACAAUGAAAGACGAAACUUUUUGAUUGAAAAAAAUUAUUUUACUAUUAAAUAGUUCAUGUACUUAAAAUAGAGAGACAAACGUAGUUUUUAAUUUAUGAGUUAACAAAAUACUUGAAGAAAAAAUUUUGAAUAACCUGU